AUGUAUUUCCUCAGUUCUCUGGGAUUUGUUGCCUCUCUCGCCACUGUUGCGUCUGUAGUUGCUCGGCUUCCAGAUGGUCGCCUUCACGGAAACAUGAUGCGUCCUGCAAACGUUCCUUUCGUAAGCCCUCCUGACCCAGGUGUUCCUGUAACAAGUCGCAAUGGCACCACCCUACCACCAUAUACGACAGUGUAUUACUUUGACCAACUCAUAGACCACAACAAUCCAUCUCUCGGCACGUUUAAGCAGAGAUUCUGGCACACUUAUGAAUUCUAUGAAUCGGGUGGUCCUAUUAUUCUUAUGACACCUGGCGAGACGAACGCAGAUGGUUACUCGGGGUACCUCACCAACAGGACUAUUAACGGUCUCAUCGCUCAACAGCAAAACGGCAGCACAAUUGUACUAGAACACAGAUUCUAUGGCUUGAGUAACCCGUACCCCGAUCUUUCUGUGAAGAGUCUCAGAGUUCACACAAUUCAACAAGCCAUCGACGAUUUGGAGUAUUUUGCAAAGAAUGUAAAUCUACCAAUGCCAGGCGGUGACUCUGUUACACCGGACAAGGCACCCUGGGUGCUCAUUGGAGGCAGCUAUGCUGGUGCACUUACGAGUUGGACUAUGGUUAACAAACCGAAUCUUUUCGCGGCUGGAUACGCGUCUUCUGGAGUGGUACAGGCAAUCUUAGACUUCUGGCAAUAUUUUGAACCAAUCCGCACCAAUAUGCCAGCCAACUGCUCUGCUGAUGUGCAAGCUGUAAUCGCACAUGUCGACAAGACUUUCUCAAGCAAAAAUGCCGCUGCCAUCAACGCCCUCAAAGAAAACUUUGGCCUUGGGAACAUGACCCAUCUGGAUGAUGUUGCCGGUGCUCUACGCAAUAAUUUAUGGGAUUGGCAAUCCCUGCAAAUUACGUCAGGGGCCGGAACACAGUUCUAUCGAUUUUGCGACGCUCUGGAGGUGAAAAAUGGCGUUAAAGCUCCUGCUUCGGGUUUCGGCCUCCAGAAUGCACUCCAGGCGUGGGGUAAAUACUGGCGUACUACUUAUCUUUCAGGAUUAUGUGGCCAACAAGAUGCUGAGACCUGCCUUGGAACUUACGAUACUUCUCUUGAAUUUUGGUCAGACACAACCAUCGACAACGCAGAGCGAUCAUGGAUGUGGAUUGUCUGCAAUGAAGUCGGAUAUCUCCAGGAGGGUGCGCCUCUAGGUCGCCCAUCUCUUGUAACAAGACUGGUUCAACCAUCUUACGACUUGCGACAAUGUCAACAAAUGUUCCCGGCCGCCUUCCCUCGCCCACCUGUCCCCAACACUCUGCUCACAAACCUCAAAUAUAGAGGCUGGAAUGUAAGAAUCAAAAACCUAUUUUUUGCCAAUGGGAUCCGUGACCCAUGGAGAGAUGCAACAAUCUCUUCUACCAGUGUUUCCGUUCCCAGCACCUCAAACCAGCCUAUUGGCUUGGGAGAUGGCUUUCACUGUUCUGACCUCGGUGUAUCUGCCGGGGAAGUAGACCCUACCAUCGCAGCUAUUCAGACUGCUGCCCUCGCAUCCAUGAAAAAAUGGCUUGCAGCUUGGAAACCCACCGGUCGUGGUGGCCCCAUCAAAACACCCAGAAGCUCACCACAAACUGUUCCAAGAAUCAAUCCACCUUUCACCUUCAAGCCAAUUAACGCGUGGUUCAAGAACUCUGGCAAUCUUUAA